AUGGUGGCAACUCGAACGGAAACGCAGGAAACGCACAAUGGUCGCGGGUAUUCCAGGGGCACAGGCUCCAAUGAUAUACCCUUGGGUGCUACAGUCAAGAUGACAUUUACUCCUCCAAACGAGGAGGUUGCUGACAAUCAAGUGGAGCAGGACGCAAAACCAUCCGAAGCUCUACCAUCGCCAGGAGCAGUGAUAGCUAUUGAGACUCCAAAACAAGUGGAGGACCAGGAACAGUUACAGCCGGUGAAGACCAAGAAGGGCAAACCACGCAAGCCUAGAGAGCCUCCUCCACCGGCUCAACAAAAGGCUUUGGUAGCAGAGGAGAAGAGGAAAAAGGCUCUGGAACAAGAAAAUGCGUACCUUGAAGCCAAUAAAGUUACCACGAGAUCAGCUGCAAAUUCUACGGUCCUGUCUGACCAGGUGAAUGGGACUAGCUAUCUGCCACAGGCGCAAUCAGAUUCUGUAGAAGGAGUCACUCCGAAUACCGAACACAGUUCGAAGGAAAAAAGAAGCAAAAAAGCGGAA